AUGCCUUCCUCUACCGUAUCCGACGAUGCAAGCGAGAAGAAACCUGCUGAAGGGGAAACUCAACUCGACAAUGAUGAGGGGCCUGAGGUCGAGAAUUCGACCUACUACUCGUCCCGCAGAAGAAAAUCUAGCAGAGGACUGAUGGGCGUGAAGACACGCGAAUAUUUAGUUAAAGAGAAUGAUCCAUUCGACUACGAACAGAAAUUCCCUGAAGACAAGCAGUAUGAAGAACUGGGACCUGCUGCCAGGGUAUGGAGGACGUACCUUGAAGAGUGCGCAGGGUUUGACAUCGAGAUGGUGGAGGGUUGGAGGGACGGAUUGGAUGUUCUGCUAGUUUUCGCUGGUCUUUUCUCUGCCGUGGUCACCACGUUUGUCGCACAGACGUCCCAGAGCCUUCAAGUCGACUAUGGUCAAGUCACGUCGUCGCUGCUAUUCGAGCUCAUCGAUGUCCAACGCGUCCGCAGCCAAUGGUUCCCUCAAUUUCGUCCUACAACUUCCGAUUCGUUGGUCAAUGGACUGUGGUUCACGAGUCUUUCAUUCAGUCUGACUACCGCGCUCUUCGCUGUCCUGACAAAACAAUGGAUCCAUCAAUACAUGACAGUUCGGUCGGGCACGCCUCGAGAUAGAUGCCGUGUACGUCAUUUCCGAUACAUGGGACUGCAGCAGUGGCGUGUGGCUUUUAUUAUUGGGCUACUACCGGUCCUGAUGAGUGCAUCGCUUUGCGUCUUUCUAGUGGGUCUAGUUGUUUUUCUAGUCCCGCUGCAAGUGCCAAUUGCAUCCGUUGUUGGGGCUGUCACGUUCAUCUCCUUCGCUGCAUACUUCGUCACCAACUUCCUGCCCAUCAUAUACCCCUCGUGCCCUUACAAGACGCCGUUGUCACAGUACAUUUUCCCCUUGUAUUCCCACAUUGCCCAUAACGGCAUCUUCACUUCAGUCAUCUCCCCGAUUUCCAGAUACUGGUCUGGAUCUUCACCAGUUCCCAAAAAGCCUCCGAUUCGUACACUUCGAGAAGCAGAGCGUGAAGCUGUUAAGUUGAGUGCCGACGAAACAGACGCGCGCGCCUUGUCCUGGCUGUUCUCCGUGUCAUCCGACCCUAGCGUUCAAAGGAUUGUUGUAGAAUCAACUGGUGCUUUGCCAAUCCGAUCUGUGAACUCCGUACAACGUUAUGCAGAAGGGCUUCCGAGUGUCUGUGCCUAUACGCUCAAAGAACUUCUGGAUGAUGCCCAGCGAAGUGAUGCUCUUGUCGAUACAAGCAAGAUGGACCGCUGUAUCCGUGCACACCUUCGCUUUCAGUUCUGGGAUGCCUAUAUUGGAAUAUAUAGUAGGCAGGACCAAUUGGCGCCGGACCUUCGUGCGGAACUUUUGGCUACUGAAACAUACAUGGACUGCCGAAAUGUCCAGGACCUGAUUGUAGCUAAUCUACGAACCCCGCCAGUCAGCCAGAGCCUAUGUCUGCAGCCCAUCGUGUGGGGUUGUCUUCUUUCCAAGAUCCUACCCUUGGACCGGGAAGUGUAUGAACUUCUGUUCCAUGCACUUCCGACAAUCUACUGGCAUGCCGAUUACAAACUUCCUCCCCAUUUCCUUCCAAAUAAAGGAUUACCAAUAUCGAUGAUACCCACAGGUGACCGUCCAGAGACUCUUUUUGUAGCCAUCUCUGAAUCCCUAUUCGCGUCUAUCGGCGAUAUCUUGCUCCAAGGCGGUGCUAGUUUCAUGGUCCAGGAUAGUGUAUUCUAUCGUGAUCCCACAUCCCAGCUCUCUGAACCCAACGAUCCCCGAGUUCGCUUUCUCUUGAAUAUGGCAGGUUCCCCUUCGAUACACAGGAUGGAAGCACUCGAUUCCUCUCGGGGAACACUUUUCAGUGCCAUCCUAUGGAGCAUCAUGGCUUACAUGGGUGUCGAAAACUAUAUGAUUCAUUUGUCUGCAGGCAAUGUGUCCCCCAUUCUUCUCGACAAUAAUCGCUCCGCCAUACUGAGGCUGCUCUACAUGUUGGUUUUAUCAGACGAGUGCGGCGUUGGCAGCGAUUCAAUGUUCGCUGAAGAUCGGUGUAUCACCUUGAUCGCUUUCUUUCGGGUUCUCAACUGCAUAUCCCCUCGCCCCCCCGAAGAUAGCUUUCCUGCCGAGUUGGUGGCCAAAUUUGUGUCCAUUGCUUUCCAGGAUGAUACGUGGUUUUCAGACGCUCCAUACGCUACCAUCACAGAAGCAGCUGAACUCAUCAUUUUUCUAUUUGAGCAUUCAUCCACCAUGAAUGCGGCUUUUGCUCAUUUUGUCGACAAGCAGCUCUUCGACUUGUUCACUAAGAACUCUAGCACGGUCUCCAUCCCCACCACUACCUGGGGCCUAUCAAGGAUUAUAGGCGCCUUUGUUGCUGGGCUGUCGUCCGGGAAAUUGGAUCCUCAGAUACGCCAGAGAUCUUUGGAAUACCUCCAUGAACCAGGGUCGCUUCACACAGCUUGCGCUGUUCUAAUUACUCAGGAUAACAUUCCUGCACUUCAUCAACUUGCACUCCUACGCUGUAAUGACCCUGUUUGGCCUCGAUGUUUGCAGAGUCUUCAAGAGAUAGAUGUUCUUGAUCCUACAUAUGAUUGGCGCGGUUACGGCUUGACAUCCCGGUACAUCGCAGAUCUCAAGGCUUUCAUCGAACGAAAUUGUGUAGAGCUCGGAACGGACACUUAUGGGUCUGGCACGGCUCCCGAUGUGCGAUCCGUUCGGGGAAAUGAUGAACCGGCGAAAAGUGCUUGGUCUAAAGUGAUGUCACGGUCCCAUCUACUGCAUUGGGCCAGACGGCACCGUACUAGAGAAGCUCUUCCCGAGGAAGUAGCAAUAUCUAGCAACAGGUGA